AUGGCCACGAUAACAAUCACCAGGGUCCUCACCCUCCUCCUCGCCCUCCUCCCCUUCCUCGCCACCGCCCAAAACGAAGGCUACGUCGGCUACCGCCUCGACCAGGAAGGCGACCCCGAAGCCGCCCCCGACGUCUACCUCAACGCCUCGGUACACGUCAAGGAGAUCUCGGUCGAGGUCGACAACAUCACCGCCAAAGUGAACCUCGACGCCCGCGUGCUGAACCUGCUGCACUUUAGCGCCGGCGUCGAUGCCUCCAUCGACCGCGUCAAGCUGCUGAUCCAAGACGUCGUCGCCCGCGUCGAGCUCGAGGCCCGUCUCGAAAACGUCGUCGGCAUGGUCGACGACGUCCUCCGCAGCAUCGACCUGAACCCCAUCGUCGCGACGCUCGGCCAAAACGUCCGCGACAUCGUCGACGAUGCCGUCGGCGUCAUCACCGACCCCGUGGAAGGUGGUAGCGGCGGCGGCGGCACUGGCGACGAUGCCUCAUCCGGCGCCGAGAAGCGCGAUCUCCGCUACAACCUCGAGUACAACAUCCUCUACUCCAUCAACGACUACAGCGGCAAGGCCCACACCAACCGCGUGCUCGCCCAGAACGGCGACCUCGUCGACAUCAAGCUCGACAACGAGGGUCGCGAGACGGGCCGCUCCGUCGCCGGCACGUUUGCCCGCCUCAUGGAGUUCACCGGCCACAACAAGACCAUUAGCGUCGACGACGAGGUCACCGAGUACGAGAUGCAGUACGUCUACAAGCCCUUCCCUAGCAUCGAGGUCUUUGCCUGGGUCUACAUGAACACCGCCGGCGCCAUCACCAGGACAGAGGUCAUCGCCGGUGCCACGGGGGCGGCAUGA